CCAGGCUAUGUCUCCGGAGGCCAGGGAGGAAAUGACGUGACGUUCUUUUAGUGUGCUGUCAGCUUCCAGCCUCAGUUCGGCCCUCCGAGCUCGGGCGCAUGGCCCCGGCGGCCUGACUCUCUCGCUCCCGAGGGCACACAGGGGGUUGUCGCGAUACGAGUCUCUGCGCCCGCAGAGCUGGGCAUCCGGGUUCCCGCCACCCUUCGAGUCUCAUCCUUCCCCCGACUCCGGAGUCGAGAGUUAGCUACCUCCUCGCCGCCCAGCCCAGUGGGGCUCUCGGCUCGGGCUGGCCGGGAGGGGCGAGGAGCCACUUUCAAGGGCGGGACCGCGGGAAGCAGAGGCUGCACCAGAGUGCGCCGGGGGCAGAGCGGGGAGCAGCGCUCUGGGUAAAGGGAGAUGGUGGGGGCUGCCCCCGAGAGGCGGACAGUCUGCUGCCAGACUCCCCGCGAACCAGCACCCCCGAGCGCGGCGCACCCCCGCACACACACCGGCCCCUCCCACCACCCGCUUCAUUCACUGGGUUCGAGCACGCUUUCCCGCAAGCUGGAGGCUCGCUCCGCCCCCAGCGCUCCCCAGAUCAGGAACAGCAAAGGGGCGCCCACACUCUCGGCACUUCCCAACCCCGGGCUGGAGAAAUGGACUAUGGUCCAGGGGCGGAUUGCCCCCCACCCCACCCCUCCGCAGAGGAGCUCGCGGCCGCGGGAAGGAGGCGAGCCCAGGGAAUGCCCGGCAGGGGGGCGGGGGGUGAGGGGCGGGGAGACGUAGAGCAGAGGGAGGGAGAGGGCAGAGAAGAGGGCGACAGGAAAGACCGAGAGUCUGAGGAAGAAGAAAGCCUGGGAAAGCGAUCGCGGGCGCAGUGAGAGCUGCACUUAGAAUUAUAAUAAAAAUAAGGCGCUCGCGGGACGCAUGCGCACGGCCAACGGAGGCGAGCCGGCCGCAGCUUCCCUUCGGAUUCGCGGGGCGGACGGACGAACCCCGAUGGGGUCGGAGCGGAUGGAGAUGCGGAAGCGGCAGAUGGCCGCAUCCGCAAAGCCCUCAUCCCCGGGCCCAGGCCAGCCCCGCGGGGGGAGCCGGGGCUCCAAUGCCUGCUGCUUCUGCUGGUGCUGCUGCUGUAGCUGUUCGUGCUUCACCGUUAGAAGCCAAGAGGAACAGAGGCUCCGGCCGGCUUCCUAUGAACUCAGAAGGGCGGAUCUUCCCACCUGUGAAGAAAGCCCGAGUCCCACGCUGGAGGAGGCCAGCGCCUGGGCCCGGUCCUUCGAGCAGCUCAUGCUCACGGCCGCCGGCAGGAAUGCCUUCCGGGAGUUUCUCCGCACGGAGUUCAGCGAGGAAAACCUGCUCUUCUGGAUGGCCUGUGAGGAACUGAAAAAGGAGGCGAACAAAACCAUUAUUGAAGAGAAAGCCAGGAUAAUAUACGAAGACUACAUUUCCAUCCUUUCUCCCAAAGAGGUCAGCCUGGACUCGCGCGUGCGGGAGCUCAUCGACAGGAACAUGGCCGAGCCGUCCCCGCACAUCUUCGACGAUGCCCAGCUCCAGAUCUACACGCUGAUGCACAGAGACUCGUACCCCCGCUUCCUGAGCUCUACCCUCUAUAAAGACCUACUGCGGGCCUUAUCUGAGAGGUCCGUGGAAGCGUAGGGUGUUAGGUAUUUAUUAUGCGUCAAGGGAACAAAGAGCUCGUGGACUCUGCCUAGUACAGGGAUUUAGAGGCAGUAGGACCUUCUGUGGGUAGUUCUCGGGCUAUUUUAACAACAGACACCGCCUCUGCAGAAGACUGUAGAUGAGCCAAGUAAAUGGCAGCCACCUUUUGUGAUACUUAUGGAAAAAAUGGGGUACGGCUGUGGUAGAAACAUAGUGUAUGGGCGUUUACAGUAGCAGCAGCGUGUUCUCAACGGCAGGCGACACACAAGACACCACAGCACCUGGAGCAGCUGCAUCCAGUGGAACAAACAGGACCCAAACCCUUUAUAUGAAGACGUAACCACUACUCGUGAAAACGCUUUAUCCUAGGGACAUGUCUGUAGAUGCAUCUGUGUGCGUGUGUAUCUUACAUGGUUCGCGUAAAGCUCUGUACACACAGUGGGCUGGCCUCCAACGUUUGGCAAAAGAGGUAGUGCUCAGGAAAUUCUUUUGUUGAAAAGUUACCAUGAUAUUAUCCCCUGGAUCUCCUAGGCUAAAGGAUAAAUUUGUAGGUUCACAACUUGGUGUUCAUCACAGAACAUUCAAAUAAGCAUAUCUCCAUUUUUAGGAUUUAAAGACAUUUUAGGAUUAAAAGACCAAUGGGCAUUUUCACUCUUAAAAAAAAAAUAAAGCACAAGAGUUUUAUCUCAAUGUGUUUUUUCCCAUGUAAACACUUGGGAAGCAAGAUUAAUUAAGUAAGUGGGGGUACAGGUUCACUUCUAGCUCCCAGACUAGGACUUCCUAUAUGGAUCGCACUGUUUUAGUCACAAGUGAAUGGAAUAACCUCAGCUUACAGGUAAAAACACUGAAUCUUCCUGAAGAAACCCCUCAGGACAAUGACUGGGAAAGAAAGGCAUCCCAAAUCUGGAACGGCUGGAGCAGCCAGCUGGGGAGUAACGGCACGAGGCGCCCCCCAUGCCUAGGCCCUGAUGGGGGCCCUCUUGGUCCUACAGCCUAAUUCCUUCGUUACUCUCUGCAGGCCCCAAACCAAGACCCCUUGUCCUCAUUCUCAGCAAAAGACCUCGCCUGCCACUUGACUGCGAGGAUCAUGUUCCUGACCCUGCACCUUCCCAUGUAGCCUGUAAUCUGCACAGAUCAGCAUCUAUUUGCCUCCUUCAGCCCUGGCCCAGAGAAGUGCCCCUUCCUCCUUUUCCUGCAUAUGCUGCUUCUGAUUCGUCUCCUGUGGUCUCUGUAGGCAAAGGGGAUGUCACUGGGAUGAAGGCGUAAACGCUGCCCCUACCUGUUUACCUGCAGGUAAGGACAACAGAUCUGCCAGGGCGACAACAACACACCUAAACUGUGUCUGGUGCUGUUCUUUAGAAUUCUAGGAACAUCCAUCACAAACACUUAUCAUCCAAGCUAUUACAAGUUAUCUGUUUACUACGACUGCCUUUCCCGUUAGACAGGAAGCUCCAGAGACAUUGAAAACACACCUUGUCUCUCAGUUAAUAGACACUGUCUCACAAAGAGCAGUAUUCUAUAAUGUUUGUAGAACAUGAGAAAUACAGCAUGAAAACCUCCCAUGGUGAUAAAAUAAAAUUCCAUCCCAAGUUUGUUUCACAACAUGUCACCUUUCAGAAGGACAGCAUCACAGCCCACGUGACUCCUGACCUCACUACCACUAGCGACCCAUCCAGGGAGUUUGUAUGUAGUACCACCCAUGGAUGUGGGUGGAUGAAUCCUGAAGCCCGUGCCCAGAGAAGCCUACAGAUUCUGUGCAAUUCCAAGCUGAUUUUGUUGAGACGGAUGCCUCUCCACUUGGAAAUAUGUAAAUACAUACACACAAACGUCAAUUCCAAAUAUGCCCACUUCCCAGGAAAAGAGGACAAGACAGCCCAGUGUGAGCAAGUACACACAGACGCAAAACAAAACUACAGAGCCAGGGACAUCAUUUUCUCUAGUUCAUGACUUUGACCUAAAAGAUGAAGGUAAUCCAGCCAGUUUCCUGAGGUGGCAUCUGAGAACAGCCUUCCAGCCACCUUUGGCUUAAAACUCUCAAAGUCUUGGGUGGCCAGUUUUUCAUACUGAAUAUAACACGACGAAAUAAACAUUUAUAAAAAAGU